ACAUAUCCGCUGUGGUUUUCGGGGGUAGUUUGGUCGAUCACCACUUUUGCCUUAAAAACAAACUUCAGGAAAAAGUACAGGCAACACAAUCCCGGAAAAGGAGAGCGAAAGAUUAGCAUUGUUGUGAAAGGAGAAGGACGGUACGGAAGGUAGAAAAUUAGUCGAUUAUGGCUCUUUUCUAAAAUGGGUACGCUUUUUAAUUACAUUAUUUUGGUCAUCGUUCAUGUGCAGGGCGUUAAAGGCAAGUCCAAAUACCUUUCAGUACAACCCUGGAGCACUGGAAAGAUGGAAAUGUCUGAAUAACUAUUAAAAACCAAAGAGCAAUAACAAUCUAUCCUGUAAUGAUUACCUAGGGUCUUCCAAAAAUGUGCCAACUCUGCCGUUAUGAUCAGUAGUGUUUUCCUGCCCUCAGCUCGCCUGUGUUCUCUAUGAAAUGAGCUGACUCUGGAUCAGUGCUUCCAGCAACAAAACACAAUGGCCAGAAUAUCCUGGUAUCAAGAGAAGAUUGGAGCCUAUGAUCAACAAGUCUGGGAGAAGUCUUUGGAGCAGACAGAUUUAAAUGAUUUGGACAGUAAACCCAGAAAGACCGGCCACAUCAAGUCAGACCUCAUCGAUGUUGACUUGGUCCGAGGGUCCACAUUCAGCAAAGCGAAACCACAGAGUCCCUGGACGGCAUUGACUCGCAAGGGUUUGGUCCGUGUGCUGCUGCUUCCUUUCUUCUUCCCAUGGUGGAUCCAGGUCACCUCCAAGACCAUCUCCUCAUGCAUUCUGCUACUCUACUUUAUGCAAGUGGCCGCCGUGGCACUCUAUGUGGAAGUCCCUGGAGCAAGUGCCAGUGAGGCGUUCGGGCCCUUAUGUCUCAUGCUGCUCCUGGGGACCGUGCACUGCCAGAUUGUGUCUACCGAGUGCAGCCGCUCGCCCUCGGGUGGUCCUGCCACCAGCAACAUCAACAAUGGCAGCAUUCCGGCCCGUAGGAGGAGGCCCAGGAAGAGCAGGUGCCCAAAGAAGUUGGAUGAGAAGAAUGAGAGCGAGGAGAAGGAGCUGCAAGUCUCAUCGCAGUUUGAGGAAGUCCAGCGACCAAAGAGAAUGAGCAAAAGAAAUUCUGGCUUCGGCGCGUCGGACGAGCUCUCGAGUGAGGAAGAAGAGGGCGUGCAACCGGUGGAUGUGAUUCCCUCCGGUCCCUGGCUGCCAUCUGCACCGCCAUCUUCUGUGCGCUCCAGAAAUUCCAGCAGCAAAGCUGCAGUCAGGCCUCAGGAAGGAGCUGCGGCCUUCAUGGCCAAGCCCCGGGAAGUGGAGCGUCUGCGACUCAGUGUGGGCUCCCGGCCGGCAUCCGACACAGACGACACCAUGUGGGAGGAACUCCUCCAGGACCCCGACACCGCCUCCACAGGGAGCAGUGACAGUGAGGACAACGGGAGGUUCGCAGGCGGCUUUGCACUGCAGCAGACCACCACGCUGAGUAGCGAUGACGAGAGUCUACAGCAAGGCAUUGCAGGGCACCAGCUGUCCUGGCUCCAAGCAUGCCAUCCUUCCAGGGACCGAGUCAGCGCCAUUAUAUGGGAGCAGGGAGAGUGUAAGAAAGCUGACAUGUCCGUGCUGGAGAUCAGCGGGAUCAUUCUCUCUCGGGUGAAGCUUGCAGAGCAAGGUGUGGGCUACCUGGUCUUUGGCGGGCUAGUGACAGCCACACUGGCACUCCUGCCCUUUGCCUUCCGCCUGGUACAGCAUCUGGACGUGUCCAACCUCAGCUCAUCGUCGGCGGCCGAGCUCCUGGAGAUUGCCUUUAACCCGGCGAACGCACACGCCUACGCCUUCUUCUUCAUCACCACCGUGCUCAGGGUUUGCCUCACGGGGCUCUUCUUCUUCAUGAUGUGCGUGGCUGAGAGGACCUACAAGCAGAGACUUUUAUUCGCCAAGCACUUCAGCCACCUGACAUCUGCUCGCAAAGCCAAGAAGUCGGAGAUCCCUCAUUUCCGGCUGAAGAAGGUGAAGAACAUCAAGAUGUGGCUGUCCCUUCGCUCCUUCCUAAGGAGGCGAGGGCCGCAGCGCUCCGUCGAUGUCAUCGUGUCCACCAUCUUCCUCCUCGCCCUCUCCAUCUCAUUCAUCAUCUGUGCACAGCUUUUGCAGAGCCAUAAGACCUUCCUGGACUCGCUGACCAACUGGGAACUGAUGCUGUGGGCCUCGUCGCUCGUCCUCUUCCUGCUUAGGCUCGCCACACUGGGUUCCGAGACCAACUGCAAGUAUAGCAACUCCUCAGUGCUGCUCACUGAACAGAUCAAUCUGUAUCUGAAGAUAGAGAAAAAACCUAACAAGAAAGAGGAGCUUAACAUCGUGAACAACGUCUUGAAACUGGCCACCAAACUGAUGAAGGAGCUGGACACACCAUUCGGCCUUCUCGGCCUGACCGUCAAUCCACUCAUCUACAACAUCACUAGGGUGGUCAUCUUGUCGGCAGUGUCCGCCGUGGUCAGCGACCUGCUGGGUUUCAACAUCAGACUGUGGAAAAUCAAACCUUAAUGUGAAAUGCAGCAAAAGGCCUUCUCGGCAUUUAAAGCGGAAACAGACCCGCCUUCUAACCACACGUGCAAAACUACUGACCCCCACAUGACGGCUCACGACAAUUUUGGAUUCCGUUUAAUGUGGUUUAACAUAGCCGGGAAAGUGAAAUACUGUAUUGUCACCUGUGGUAUAAUGUGUGCCAUAUGAUGGCAGUAAUUUAACACAAGGUGAGCAUCCUAAGGGUUUUUUUUUUCUUAUUUAUUUCAGCUGUAUGUAUGUAUGUCUUAAUAGACUAUGACCUCUAUCUGCCUUCUCCAUUGAGGACCACUGUCAUGAAAUUAACUAUGCAAGUUGGGAUUUUUUAAAAAUCUCUUAUGUUCCUUUCUUAGCAAUACCAAUACAGUAAUGUUGAAUUAAUCCAUUCAUUUUCUAUAGCGCUUGUCAUCAAUAUAGUCACAAGGAAGCUGGAGCCAGCUGACUGUUGGUAAGAGAAGUGGGUUAAAGUCUGGACUGGUCACCAGUCAAGGCACAUAAAGAAAAACAAGGAUUCACAUUCACAAAGGAAAAUUUAGAAUCUUCAGUGAACUUAAAAUGCGUGUUUCGUGAUUGUGGGAGAAAGCCAAAGAAAACUACAAGGAAAAUUAUUUUGACAAUUUUAAAAAGGGAACAAAAGCCCAGUAGAGCGAUUCUACAGUAAAAAAAAAACGUUUUUUCCAUCUUAUCAAACUUUAACCCAUCUUUAAUGUUGAGGGCCAGAAGUUUUUGAAACACUAAAAUAUUUAUAUAAAAUUUUAUUUUUAGUCAUUUUUCAAAUACAUUGAAAUGUAAAAUGUUGCGUGUGCAGUCACCGUUGAUGAAGUGGUUCACUCACUUGGCGUCUGUGUAGGCAGCAUGGGUUUAGUUCCUACUCAGUGACACUUUGAAUGGUUGUCUGUCUCUCUUGUGCCUUUUGAUUGACUAGCGACCAAUCCAGGGUGUAAUCUGUUUCCAGAUGUCAGCGAGGGUAGGUUUUAGCUCGAUAUGACCCUGAACACGAUAAAUGAGCGAUAUAGAAAAUGAAUGGAAAGUGUUAUGAAAACUCAUUGAUUUUUUGGUGGGAUUUUCCAAUAUUCACAAAAUGCGUUAGUAUGAUUUCUUUCUUAAAUAUUAAACUUGCACCGGGUCACAGUGACAUUUCUGGUGUAGCAAAGAAAGUAACAUAAGAGGAGGGUUAAUGCAUGUUGGGGAACCACUCCAGUUGUUGUUGUUGUUGUUUUUUUAAUUGAAACUCCAAAUAAAAUGUAAGAAAUAAAAAUGAUGCAACCAUGUUAAGGAUUUUAUAUUAGGAGAGUUUAUGCACUUUUUUAGAAUGGUGGGGAGGGUUAUCCCUGUUUUGAUAAUAAUGAUCAAUCGAAUAAAAUGUUUCAACUCCACUGGU